CGGCGCUCAGUCUCGGUCGAACAGCCGGUCGGGUGAGGUCGCCGCGUUUCUCCGUUCGCUCGGUCCACGAUUUUGCUCGGGAAGAGUCUCGCGUGCCGGCACUCGGCACUGGGCACACGACGCGAAAGGGAGAGCGAGAAACGUCAACGAGCACGCGAGUACGCGCUAGCAUUCCAGGGGUGCCUGUUCGCGUUGUUCCCGUCCGGUCGUUCGGUUCGCGUUCGCGACAACACUGGAGCGAGAUCGCCGGAUUCCAUUUGACGCGAGAACAGCUCGAAACCGAUGGGGGAUGACGUUCGAUGGAGAAAAAGAUCCUGCGACGGCUCGCGUCGGCGACGAACGCCGCGAAACGACGUGGCGCCGCAACGAUUCACGACGUUAACCGACGGAGAAGCGAGGACCACGUAGAUGCGAGCAGCCCGCGAGCUUCGAAACCGCGAGGCCCGUUGCGUGCCAACGAUAAUUGGCGAACCACCGACGGACCUGCUCCGAAUUUUUCGCGCCUCGCCGUUUCAUCGAUUUGAACAGCGUGCAACAUGUUCGGGACGAAACUGCGCACGUGGAUGGAGGCGCAUAUCGUGCGAUCGAAGAAGAAAAAGGAUCGGAAAAAGGGGGAGAAGGGGUUCGACUCGAACUGCAACUCCCCGAGAAAUCGAAGCGCCAACAGAUCUCCCUGCUUGCACCAGGUACAUCCGGCGGAGUCGCCGGAGAAAGCCGUGGACGGGAUUCGAUUGCACGGAGGCGGAAGCUACGCGACCGCUUCGGCCUCUUCCGGCACGUCCGCCGGCACCGGCAGCGUGAAUCUCUCCUCCCCGGAGAGCGCCUACAGCACCGGAUACUCGACGGACGGCACUUCGCCCGGAACCAGCUUCCCGCCGGAAUAUUACAUCAACAUCAGGACCGGUACGCACUACUUUCAGAGCACCGGGAACAACGGCAGACCGAAUAAAUCCUCGGGCCCGCGAGUGGGAGAGCUUCCGAGCGGAGGGGCGCCAGGUCCGGGCCCGGGUUCCGGCCCCGGCGUUAGGCCCGGCCCCGUUCUCGGCCCAGGGGCCAGCCCUGCUCCCGGCCCAGGGCCCGCGCUCCUCGCCAGACAUGGAAUCCUCGAGGCGGCGGCUUGCCUCGCGAGCAUGACCAGGAACGAGAACCGAUCGAGGGACGGCCGAGGGACCAACAACGCUUCGAGCAAGAUUAGCGAAGAGUCUAGGGAGGAGCAGUCGCAACGAGCACGCGCGCAACAGGACAGGUACCAUCGGCGAACCGAGUCGUUCUCCGGCGACUCGACGAAAAGCAACUUGGCCGUGCCGUCCUCGAUCCCGCCGCCGCUGGUGGUCUCGCCCUCGGUCCAGUCGCCCCGGGAACGCUCCCGCAUCCGCACGAACCCUUGGCUCUCGGCCAACUCGUCCGGCUCCAGCAACGCCGGCUUCAAGUCCCGGCUGAAUCUGGACGACGCGAGCAGCGGCUCGGCCCUCAAGCUCACCGAAUCCUCCGGGAGCGCGAGCGACGUGAACGUGAACUGCGCGCGGGAGGCCCGAGCCAAACGGGAGCUGAAACAGGAGAGCCUCAGCGCCGGAAGAAGCCCCAUAAACCAAAACUGGAGGAUCGCAUCUGGCCUGGAGAUUCGAUCGAAAAUGGCUCUGUCGAUGCAACGGCGUAGCAACAGCAGCAGCAGCAGCAGCACGAGCAGCAGCGGCGACGGCGGCGGCGGCGGUGGCAGCAGCAACGGGAACUGCCGCAGCAACAGCGGUUGCAGCGGCAGCAGCGACUGCAACGGCAACGGGCUAGAAAACGAAAUCGUGAAUACGAUCGGCAAGGGCCACGGCCACGGUCACGGCCACGGCCACGGCCACGGGAAUCGAAACUGCAACGGCUCGUCGACGUCGUCGGUGACGCGGAGCGCCAGGUCCUCCGAGGACGACAUCACCUUGAACGAGAUGAUGGGCAAGUUCGACGAGAGCUACGUGUACGAAAAGGAGACGGACAUUCUGUCCGACAGCGACCCGACCGAUUGCGAGGACUGCAUCGACUCGCUGUCCGACGUCGACGCCGCUCGCAUCGGCGCCGAGGACAACGACCCGCUGGACAACACCGAGUUCGAUUACAUCGACAACGGCUCGUUCCUCGACCUCGACAAUCUCGACUGUUCCGGCCGGUUCCCGAACACGGGCCACUGCACCUAUUUCGCGUUCACCAGCGAGCUGGCCAGGCGAAGCGACAAGCUGCGGGAAUCGUUGACGAAACGAAGGACCAAGGAGGACGCGAACGCCGUUCUACAGAGAAUGGCCAGCGCGAAGAACGUGUCCGCGAAGAGGCCGUCAGCGAGCCGUGGCCACGGCAAGAAGACCGAAGAGAAACAGCAGAGCGAGAAACGCAAGAAGCGGGCCUCGCAGCGGCGGAAGUCGGCCACGGCGGACAGAUGCGACGACGAAACGGCGAAUCUGAACCGCGCACUGCUCGAGAGGAUGCUGCUGAAGAACUCGGGCUUCAAUCAGCAGGGCAGCAGGAGCGUCGGCGGCACCCCCAUAUGCCUGCGGCGCAAGAAGCACGACCUCAACAAGAACCUGUCGCCGAUCAGGCUAAACGCCACGGAGAGGGCCUCCGUUCAUCCUAGCAGCGUCGACGUUGGCACUGGGAUCGGCACCGGUGUCGACGUCGGCGUCGAUCUCGACGUAGUCAAGAGGCGCUCGAAUUCGGUGAGCUACGUGAACGGAAACGUGGUCGGCCGAAGAAUCGGAUCGGCGGGCAGCGCCUACAUGACCGCGUUCGCCUCCGAGAUCGCUUUGAUCGAGGCGGACAAGGAGGCGGACAAAAAGUACCGCGAGCUUAUCCUCGAGGCGGAGAACAUCCUGGUGACGAUGCAGAAGAGCCAGAACGGCGGGCUGCCCGUCGUCCCGUCGCCCACGAGAAAGUUCCACAACGGUCUGGCGAACAAGCGCGUCGAGCUGAUCAAGAACACCGAGCUGAACAUCGAGCUGGCCCUCUCCAAGAGCAGGAACUCCCAGCCGGAGCUGCAGAGCGGCAGCAUCCGGGAUCUCGAGCACACCAGCCCCAAGAGACAGUUCGCGCAGCCUUGCUCCCCUGUUCGCCGAUUCGUCGAGCGAAACGGCCCGACCGCCAGCGAGCUCCGUUACAGGCAAGAGGCCGCGCCGCCGAUCAAGUACUUCGUCGGCGACUCUCCGAUCGCGACGAGAAGAACGCCGCCGUUGCACUCGCCCGGCAAAGCCACGUUCCGGUCAAGCCGGCGCGAGUCGGACGCGGAAUCGGAUCGCCGGCCGGAAUCGGAAGCGGAUGCAGAAACGGAAGCGGAAGCGCGACGGCGCUCGCAGCCGGUGGAGGGCAACGAGCUGCCGCGAGCUCCGCCGCUCGCCUGCAACGGUUUCCGACGAGUCCCGUCGUCGGACGCGGAACCGCCUCCGUCGACGACCGUUCAGCCCGAGGCUCGUCCGCAGAAUCGGCCUCGCGCGGUCUUCCCGCGGAGGGACGGAACGAACGGAACCGACGCCCAUCCGACAAGGCUGUCGGCCAAAGAGGAAUUCAUUCUGUCGAGUUCCUCGGACUCCGAGGACAGGUGCGACAUUAGAAGGAGGCCGACCCUGAUGACCUUCAGGUCGGUCGACAUGGGCCCCACGAAAGAAGGUUCGUUCUACUGUCCGCAAAGCGAGCCAGUCAAGAGGAAAGUGUACGCGGGGAGCACCACGUACGGCCGGAUACAGAAAACCUUGGGGGAACACGUAGCUCUUCGAAACUCGGACGGAGACACCGCGACCGACGACACUGACGACUCCAGAAGAUCGUUGAAGGAGAAGGUCGCCCAGCUACGACGAGAACGAUUGGUCGCCGUGGACGCUCAGGAUUCGCAGAUUCUUCAGCAGCAGAUGUCGCAGCUCCGUAGGCAGAUGCUGAUGCACACGAUAGAGGGCUUGAAACGAAGCCUGGAGGACCAGUCGGCGACGCUGAAACAGACUUGUUUGGAACCGGUGAUGUCCGACCAGAUGCCACCCGAAAAGACGAAGAUGAAACGAAUGAUUGUGUUUUAUUUAUUUUACACAUGUGUAUCGAUAGUGUUUUCCGACGCCCAAGAUAUUCUAGGAUGCGGAGGAUUUUUAAAAAGUCACGCUAAUAUCGAUUUCGCAAAAGUUCAGGUAAAACUAUACACUAAAGCUGGAAGCCUUAAAGAUGCUACAGAAUGUGCUCCAAACAAUGGAUACUAUUUUCUUCCUUUGUAUGAUAAAGGGGAAUACAUACUGAAGGUAGACCCGCCUAGAGGAUGGAGUUUCGAACCUAUGGAAGUUUUGUUGAAUGUGGAUGGAACGACUGAUGCUUGUAGCCUGGGAAAAGAUAUAAAUUUUACCUUCAAAGGAUUCGGCAUUGCUGGCAGAGUUAUAGCGUUAGGAUCAGAUUCAGGACCAAAAGGUGUAAACAUUGCACUGUACAAAGAAGGAAGCGAGCAAGUUCCAGCAGAAACUACACUCACUGCAGAAGGGGGAACGUUUUAUUUCACGCCAAUACAGCCUGGAAAAUAUGUUCUAGUUGCUUCCCAUCCAACAUGGGUCAUAGAAAAGGAUACCGUCAGAGUAACGGUACGAGAGGGCAAUACUGAACUCGCGGACGGUAGCUUGGUGGUUUUUGGGUACGAUGUAAGCGGUCGCGUCACCAGCGAAGAAGAACCAGUCAGUGGUGUGACCUUUUUACUCAUCGGAAAUGGCGUAGCAAAAAAUUGCGCCACCACAGCCAUAAGUAAAGAACUUCGGUCAAGGAAACCUAUUUGCCAUGUUGUUUCGGAUAAAACUGGCAAAUUUGUGUUUCCAAGCGUGUCACCCGGAGACUACAAACUGGUCCCGUAUUACGCCGGCGGUCAAACGAAAUUCGACGUUCAACCAGCUGAACUGUCGUUCAAAGUAAAUCACAAUAGCGUUGCGUUACGGCCAGGCUUUAAAGUAACCGGUUUUACAGUAAGCGGAUUCGUUCGCAUUGCGAUCGAUGGUGAUCCGCUGCCGGGCACAAAAAUAUUUUUGUCACAAAAGGAGGUCGCUGUGACGGACGCAGCCGGAAAAUACGUGUUAGACAAUAUGAAAGCCGGACAGUAUUCGCUGAAAGCUGAAGCCGAUAAUGUACUUUUCAUCGAGAGAUUGGUCAAGAUUUCUCCGAGCUCCUCGGAACUCCCAGUUCUGUCACCAUCGGCUUACAAAGUGUGCGGAAAGGUAACUCUAUCGGCCAAAGAAACGUUGCAUCAUCGAAAGGUUUCCGCACAGAACACUGCCAACACAUUCACCAAAGAAAUCGAAACGGAUCCAAAAACCGGAGAGUUCUGCAUUUAUCUCGCACCCGACCGAUACCUAUUGAGCGUCGUAGUCACUCCGGAAGAGAGAGACAAAGGCUUGCAAUUCUUCCCGCUGCAGCAGACAAUCGACGUAUCGUCUCGACCAGUGAACGAUGUAAACUUUUUGCAGCUGAAAGCCACGUUGUCGGGCACGGUGAAAUGUUUGCCGGGGACUGACUGUAGUCAGGCCUCCGUUACCUUAAAGGUGCUCGAUGGGAUCACCAUAAAAACUAUACAAGCAAAGGAUGGUCAGUACAAGUUCACGGACGUAUUACCCGGCCAUUACGAGCUGCUCAUCGACAACGAUGUGUUCUGCUGGGAGAAUCCUAGCUACAGAAUCUCCGUUACCUCGGAACGCGCGGAAGUGCCGACUUUCAUACAGACUGGGUUCUCCGUUUCUUUUAUUUCUUCUCACGAUACGACAGUGGUAUACUCGGAACCCGGCGAUACAACGAAACUGACGUUAGCUUUGAACAAAGGGAGUACAAAGCAUUGCGUAUCAAAGCCUGGCAUGUACUCGUUUGCGCCGAAAGGUUGUCACGUGUAUGAACAGCCGUUCUACGCGUGGGACACCAACAGUCUUUCACCUAUUUUGUUGCACUCGUCCGAACACAGCCACAAAGGAAGCAUUCAGAGCGCUUCCUCGUUGAACCCUGUCAAAGUCAAUAUCAAAACUCUCGGCGACGUCGUUACAUUGGGUCCCUUGAAACCCGUGAAAGAGGGAAAUUUCUACAAGUACGAGUUCGAAUUCAAAGCAAAGACCGAUAACGUCUAUACGAUAACACCGUUGUCGGAUAUUCUUCUGUUCAGUCCUCCGUCGCUGAAAGUGUUGGCCGUGAACGAUUGCCAAAAUGAUGUUGCCUCGUUCAUCGGCGAGAUGGGAAAGAUCAUUGCAGGCAAGAUCAAUCCUCCAUUGGAGGGUGUCACCGUCCAAAUAUUCGGAAACGACAAAACUUCACCGAUCCAUACGCUAGUCACACGAAACGAUGGAGCAUACGUUGUCGGUCCGCUGGAUAGGAAGAUAGACUACAGCGUCACCGCGGAGAAAGAUGGAUACGUGAUCACAGGACCGGAUUCCAACGGUGAUUUUUUGGCACACAAACUGGCCGAAAUAAUCGUUCAAGUAUCCGAUCAAGCCGACAACGUGUCGCUACAGGGUGUUCUACUCUCCCUAUCCGGCGGCCAAAGUUACCGAAAGAACAGCGUGACGGGCGAGGACGGACGUUUAGUUUUUAACUCUUUAUCGCCGGGAGAAUACUACCUCCGACCAAUGAUGAAGGAGUACCGUUUCGAUCCGCCGUCGAAGAUGAUCAAGGUGAUGGAAGGCGCGACCGUCAAGGUAGAGUUAUACGGGAAACGAGUCGCGUUCAGCGCUUACGGAUCCGUAACAUCGCUAAACGGAAAGCCAGAAGCUGGUCUAUUAAUGGAGGUGCAGGGACAGGCCGAUUGCAGCAAUCUCCAAGAAGAAGCGACCACCGAGGAGAACGGAAAUUUCCGUAUUAGAGGCCUUCAACCAAGGUGCACAUAUGUGUUCCGACUGAAGCCGAGCGCGGAGGCCAACGCGCACAUCCAACGCACCAGCCCUGAAUCUAUACUGGUGCAGAUUUCGGAGGACAUUCAUGGUCUUCGUCUGAUCGCGUUCCAUCCGAUAUCGCGCACCGACGUCUCCGUGCACGUUGUAUCCGCACAGCCGGAGCAUUAUCGCACGCUGAAGGUCAAGCUGUGCAGAGAGGAUAUGCCCGACUCGCCGAUUCACACCGGCAAACUAGAGACUCAGCAGCUUAACAAGAUCGGCAGCAAUUACAACGCCGGGUUUCUGGUGCACCUGCCGCCGUUGCAGGCGGAUGGCAGAAAGUACUUCGUGCAGCUCGAAUCGUCGCUAUCCGAGACGAUGCACAAGUAUCGCACUCUCCCCUUCUAUUUCGAAGCGAACUCGUCGUUCAAGCACGUAAAGCUGACGUUCAACGCGGAACGGAAGAUCGACCAGAAUGAGAUGAGCCAAACAUCCGUGAUCGUGUUGCCGUUUAUAAUGUUAGUCGCGUUCGCGUUCUUGAACCGCGAGAAAAUUUGGACGUGGCUGAGCUCGUCUAUCGAGAGGCGCUCGAAACCAAGCGUCAGCUCGCGAACCACUAUACAAGCUGUUCCUAUCGAUCCCAGAGCGGACGACAUCAUUGUCGAGCAGAUAAUGAGCAUCAACAAGAGAAAAACAAAGCCGCGCAAAACGUAA